AUGUUUGCUUCGUGUAGGAUUUCAGUGGAUCCAAAAAUCUUCUACCAGGUCAUUGCACUGAGUACGAAUUAUUAUGCAGCUCACAUUGGAGGUGGCCAAUCAGAAUUUCCCUUAGCUGCAACGUCGAGUUCUCUUCGUGCAGACUCUGGGUUCAACAUCAGCUACCCUGCUGCUGGUGAAAUGAGAUUGAAAGCGCUGCGAAAGGGAGAGUUAAAACGACAAAAAUAUGAAUGUAUGGAUCAAUUGAAAGCUAUUAUGGAAAGAGUGCGACUGAUUUUGGACGAUUUUAACACCGCUCAGGCCGAGUUGGAAGUUCCAGAAAACAAAGAAGCGGACAGUUCCAGUGACGAGGAAAAUGAAGACAGCGGUAAAGAUGAAGACAAUGACGAAGACCAAUGGGAUGAGGAAGAGGAUAGACAGGAGGAGAACGGAAACAUGCCAGGACGGAUCCUACGUAAGGUCUCUCAAAGGACGUUAGUAAAGCAAUCAAAGCGCCGCAGAGUUUACAAGCUUAUUAAGUCUUACCUGGAACUUUGUAUCGAAAGAGAAGAUAUUUUGCGGCAGAUGCAGUCAUGGAUCGAGUCCACAGUUGACGAGGAGCUGCUUAAACCAGCUCAAAUCUUCAUGUUCAGCCCUGAUCUUCUAUUGGAUGACCUGCCUCUCAGUCUGACGUCAGAAAUGCAAGCACUCGGUACCACCUUAGAGCGACUGAAGGGUAUAGCUGACUCAUUAGGAAUUGGGAUGGGUUCGAUUGAAGAUGAAGGUGAAUCGGACUCCAGCACACCACCGGUCAAAGGUCAAAAAGGGCCUCGCAUGCUGAAAACAAUUUAUAAUGUUGAGGAACUGGAAAUUGCAGAUAACUUGAUCCAGGCCCAAGGGGAUGUGGAUCAAAUUCUUCAGCAAGCAGUUAAAACUAUUCCUUUUCGAAGGGUUCGCCUGUGUGUAGAAAAAGCCAGAAAACAAUUCUUAUUGAUGACGAAAAUGAUGAGAAGGAGAAAUGAAACCAUUUGUAAGAUGGACGAAAAAAUUAUCGAUCUUGAGUGCCAAGUGGUAAAAACCAAGAAAAACAACGAAGAACUUAGGAAGAACAAUAAUAAAGCCAAAUUAAAAGCUGAAAAACUUCAAUACCAGAAUCAAGAUCUGCAAGACCACGUGAAAGAACAACAGAAGAUGAUCAGCGACCUCAACGAACAGUUAGAUGCUUACAAGAAAAAAGAAUCGUAUGGUUUAUAUAACAGCAGCAGAGAGUCCAUGGCGAGUUCUAAGGAAAGCAUGGAAAGGGUUUCAAUCGUCAGUCUUGUGGAUAAACCAUCACAACAGCUUGCUCCAACAGGAGAAAAAGUUUCCCUACAGACCCCUAAAUCAUCUAAGUCCCAAAUUGUUCCAGGUGAUGCACAGACCAGCGAAGAAAGCCAGAAAGAAAUAUCUCAGCUAAGAGAGAGGUUGGAAAGAAUACAGGACGAGUUAAAAGUCGAAAAAGAUAAGUUUGCAGCUUUCGAAAACGAAUUCGCAACCCUACAAUCAGAAAAAGUGGCAGUUGAGCAAGAACGGAGUCAAUUUGAGAUAAAACUGGAAGAUAUUCAACGGGGACAUGAACGGGCUGUGGAAGAGUUCAAUGAAAAAUUGGAAGACUUGGAAAAGGAGAACAAAAGGAUGACAAGCGAGAUAGAAUGCAACGAAGAAAUGAUCAAAUACCAGGAAGAAAGACUCAGUCAGUUUAUGGAAGAAAUUCCAUGCCUCGAGGAACGAAUGAUGUCUUCUCCUUCUACUACUGCGACAAAGAGUGUCGCAAACAUGGCGGGAACAACCCGAAGUGAACGCGGGAAAACCUCACUGCAACUGGGUCUGGAGUCACAAACAGCGCCGCAAAUGCUUGCUAAAGUAAAACAACAAUACGAGGCUGAACUACACAGUCUGAAAGAUCACCAGGCUAAAGAAAAUCAACGACAUCAAGCUGAAUUGAGACGCGUGGAACAAGAACACAAUAAAGACCUACAAAACAUUCACAAGGAAUGCUUACAGUUACUGCGGGCUCUCAAUAGAUUCAAAGAUUGUGUGGCGUCGCUACUGGACAGAGAGAAUAUGAGUGAAGAGGCGCAUAAUAUUCGUAAUCUUGCGCCACUUCCGCUGGACGAGAAUUUCGGGGACACACGGCAGAUGUUAGCGCGCGUGGCUAUCUUGUUCGGUGAGAUGCUGAUUUCAGUGGAAUUACAACUUACCAGAGGACUCAUGAGCAAGCGAUUGGCAUCAAAGGAUCCAAAUAUGGGUAGAAUGGAUCAGUCGACAGAGAGGAGGAUGUUGAAGGAUGAUGAAUCGAUGGCACAGAGGGCAACACCCGGACAGCUACGUAUUGAUGGCAAACAAGUAGAACUUCAUGUAUGGAAACUCUUAGAGGAAGGAAACCGACAAGAAGUUCUAGAAGUCAUCAAAGCAUUACAAACCAAGGUUUCAGAGGUAGAACAAACAGUUGAAAGAGUUAAAAAAGUCGACGAGGAGAAGAUAAAGAAGAAAGAAUCAGAGUUGAAGAGAGUUUUGAGAAGGGAAUUAGAAACCAGAAAAAACGUAGACGAACAAAAGAGUAUUAUAAAGAGCUUGGCUGCUAUUUGGAAAAGUCGUAGAAUCGGACAGAAGUACAUUCGCCGCGAGGAUCAGCAAAGAAAUCUAGAACUGCUUCAGGAGGCGAUGAAAGAAGAUCAACUUUCAAAAGAAUUAUAAGAGUACACAACAAAACUGAUCAAGAAAGCCAUGGACUACCCUCGCAAACGUUUCAUUGAGCUAGUUAAGAGGUACGUGAAUUACCG